AUGCAAACACCGAGACGGCAGACCAUCCAAUCUCACAACCCUUUGGAUCAACCAGGAACUCCCUGGUCGAUCCGGCCGACAGCACGACCCAACUGGCUGCGCCAGCCACCACAAGAACCAGCCGAGUCUUUCCACACACCGAUUUACGGGUACAGUAGUGACGGGCCGCAAAGACAGCAACAAGAAUUUGAGCUGGAGCCAGACACUGGGCUAGAGCCACAGCCGUAUGGUCCCCCGGUGUACAACUCGUAUAACCGUCGAAGCGAGAACCACUACAAGGCCCCUCCAACACCUGCUCCUCCAGCAACCUUUCGGCAGCGGUCGAGGCAAGCCCAACUCAUGGCACCUCCGACUCCUCGCCACUCUUCCCCAUCGCCCUUGGCCGUUGUUCGGGCACCAAUACAGCCGCGGAACAAUCCGGCACCGCAAGUCAAUGGCAUAGAGCUCAUCAGCCCACAGGCAGUCGACAAACGCUUCCAGGCUGUCUUCCCCUACGAGCACUUUAAUGCUAUGCAGUCGCGCUGUUUCAGUUCCGUUUACGGCUCGAGCUACAAUGUUGUCGUGGCAGCCCCCACAGGAAGCGGCAAGACCGUUGUGUUUGAGCUGGCAAUUUACAAGCUGCUCGCCAGCCGCGACAAGAAGGACUUCAAAAUCGUGUACCUGGCACCCACAAAAGCACUCUGCGCGGAGCGCGUCCGCGACUGGCAGAACAAGUUUAAGCCGCUCGGCCUACAGGUGGCUGAGUUCACGGGCGACACGACGCCGGCCGAGGUCCGGCGUGCACGCACGGCAUCCGUCAUUAUCACCACGCCCGAGAAAUGGGACUCCAUUACACGCAAGUGGUCUGACCACGAUACUCUGCUUAGAACGAUAAAGCUGGUCCUCAUUGACGAGGUGCAUAUCCUCAAAGACCCACGCGGUGCCACUCUCGAGACGGUUGUGUCCCGCAUGAAGACGCUUGGCGGCGAGGUGCGCUUUGUUGCGCUGAGUGCUACAAUCUCCAACUCGACUGACGUUGCUCAGUGGUUGGGUCUCACGCACACAAGUCCUCAGGUGCCCGCCAAGACCUAUGUAUGCGGCGAGGAGUUCCGCCCCGUUCGCCUCGAGAAGAUUGUCAUCGGCUACAAUAUGGGCGGUGGCAACGAACACUCCCUGGACAGCAUUCUGGACGACCAACUGCCUGACUUGGUCGUCAAAUAUGCAGAGGGAAAACCGGUCCUCGUAUUCUGCUUUACGCGCAAGUCGACAGAGAGUGCCGCCACAGCCCUGGCGGAGUACUGGGGCAUGUGUUCUGCAGCACAAAAGCCGUGGCCCAGUCCAUCUGUUGGGAUUCGAAGCAGUGCGCGCCUGCAGAACUUGGUGACUGCCGGCGUUGCUUUCCACCACGGCGGCCUCGAGCGACACGAUCGGGCCUCGAUCGAGGCGGCAUUCCUGCGUGGUCACCUGUCCAUUGUCUGCUGCACGUCAACAUUGGCGGUCGGCGUCAACCUGCCGUGCCAUACGGUCAUUCUCAAGGGCACAUUGCGUUACCAUAAUGGCAAAUUCUCUGAAUAUGACGAGUGCGAGGUUAUGCAGAUGAUUGGCCGUGCUGGACGGCCCCAGUUUGACACAAGUGCCACUGCAAUCAUCCUGACACGUGCCGAGAACAAAGAAAGGUACGAAAACAUCGAGUCUGGCUACCAGACGGUCGAGAGCACCCUACACAUGAACCUCAUCGAGCACCUCAACUCGGAGAUUGUUCUGGGCACCAUCACCUCGCUGCCCAAGGCCGUGCAGUGGCUGAGAGGCACCUUUUUGUCCGUCCGACUGCGGCAAAAUCCGGACCACUACAAAUUGACGGACGAGACGACGCUGGCUCGAACAACCGACGAGCAGCUGCGAGAGAUAUGCAAAGCAGGUAUUGAUCGACUGGCGGAGGUGAGACUCAUCCAGUAUCUCGCAGACUCCGACGCCGAGUUCCGGGGAACACCGCAUGGAGGUGCCAUGUCAACAUACAUGGUCCGUUUUGAGACUAUGGUAAUGAUGCUGAAGCUCAACAGCUCCGUGUCCAUGGAGGAACUCGUCAAUGCUCUCUGUCAUGCUUCCGAGUUUGAUGAACUGAGAAUCAAAAGCACAGAGCGACAGGGCCUACGAGAGCUCAACAAGUCUCAAGAUAUUCCGUUCAAAUUCAAGGACAACAUUAUGGAAACGUGGCAGAAGAUAUCCGUACUCAUUCAGGUUGAACUAGCUCGGGGCGUGCUUCCGUACCAGCAGAGGAUGGCCUUGGAGGCGAGGCAAGCGAUUGAGCGGAUGCAGCGACUCCUCGAGAGCUACAUUGUUUGUAUGAUUGCGGACAACAACGGACACGCCGCCAAAAUUGGGCUUGAUUUUUCGCGAAGCCUGCUUGCCAAAGCCUGGGAGGGCUUCCCGGCGCAGCUGUGCCAGGUCCCCGACAUCGGACCGGCCAACAUGAAGAAACUUGUGGACAAGCAGGUCACCACCGUACUUGCGUUUGCUGAUCUCGGGACGGUGACCAUUGAGCGGUUCCUCUCCAAGAACCCACCCGCCGCCAUGAAGAUUGCCGACUCACUACGAGCCUUCCCUCGCCUCACACUGGACGGUCAUGUGGCCAUGGCCCCAGAAGGGCUACGAGAGAAUGGCAGUCGUGAUUCAGAAACAGAGGCGAAAGCCGUUGCCCGAGUCAAGUUUGGUUGUAUGAAUGAAGGUGGUAUUCCACGUUGGAGGCACAAGGUGCCAUCGGCCACCUUUCUCGCCUUGACAGAGGAGGGCCGUCUACUUCACAUUUGGCGGGGAAAGCUCCAGGAGAAAAAACAUGAAGUUACAUUCACGGUUCCAUCCUCGGAUGCAGACACAGUUCAUUCCUGCGUCGACGUGCCUCGAGAUGGGCUAGCUGUUCGAUCCCCGCCGACGGCGUCGACUCGAACCGACAGCACCGCAGCGCCAAAUGACUUUGUUCUGCGGGGAUAUCAAGAGGAACGGCCUGCAAAGAGGCAGAAGAUGCUAGACUACUCGAUGCGCACUAUCACGAUCGGCAACACGACGGUUGACUGCGUCGACCUGUCGGCCGUGGACGACGCGGAAGGCGGCCGAGUACCACAAGCUCAGACAACUCAUUAUCCUGUCCAGUACCAUCGCGACCCGUUUGCCUUGGAGGCUGUAUCAACAAGACAGCCACGGCACUGCAGUGGUGGGGGUACCCAACAGGAUCCGCUCUUGCUAGACGACUCGGGGUCAGACGAGUAUGAGGACACCUUUGACGCGUCUAUUUUCGACGACAUUGAGCUGGCGCCCAUAAAAGAGUCACCAGAGAGCACGCCUUUCAACUCUCGACACCGGCCGUCUGAUACAAGGUGCAAAUCGUCAGGGAUCAGGCCCGUAAAGACAAGUCCGGCAGACACUAUACUACCGAAACGAACGCCGUCAAAAGUUGCAGCUGCCCUGGCACCACCCGUCUUCAACAUGCACCACAUCGACACACUUAUUGAAAACGAGAUCAUACCAGACUCAAGAAGAAACAGCCCACAGCCUGAAGUCAUGCCCAGCCACCAUGCAGUCGCCACGAGAGAGAGCAGCAAGUUGGAUGGUGCAGUUUCAGCAACGGCUGUGCCACAAAGCCCUUGUUCCAUGAGUCCAGGGCCACAAGGAGUAAUCACGGACCAACCAGAUUCACUGCCGAAAGGAGACGAGGCGACGGACACGGUGGCGGAAGAGGGGCCAGAGUCCGAACUGUCACUGAACGUAGCCAAUGCAGAGCCUGCAGAGCCUGAAGAGCCAGCAGAGCCGAGCUGGGUACAUACGUCGAGCAGUAGCAUUGUGGAUUUCUUGCGGGGACACGUCAAGUUUGUGUAG